AUAUGGUGCCCAACCUGAGGCUGGGCUGCACCACUGCAUGGCUGUGAGGGAAGAUGGCAGCAAAGACGACAAGAAGGCCAAAGUCACAAGCGAGAGCCUCACCGAUGACGGGAGAAGCUUGAGUAGUGAUUUUAAACUUCAGGAAUCUAAAACUACCACGGCAGUCCUAGCGGGAAAACUUCCGAAGUGCCAAGUGUUUCUAGCUUCUCCCUCCCCCGCUCGGGACAUAGAUGGUACAGUCCGGACGUCCGGGCGGAGACUGCGGCUGCGCUUCUCGCGAAAGGGCAAGCGUCGCGGGGCUGGCCACUUCCGCACUUCCGCUUUCCGGCCCAGCCAGCGCCCGCGAUGGAGUAGCAAAGAGCUCCUGCUACAACCUGUGACCAUCAGCAGGAAUGAGAAGGAAAAGGUUCUGAUUGAAGGCUCUAUCAACUCUGUCCGGGUCAGCAUUGCUGUGAAACAGGCUGAUGAGAUCGAGAAGAUUUUAUGCCACAAGUUCAUGCGCUUCAUGAUGAUGCGAGCAGAGAACUUCUUUAUCCUUCGAAGGAAACCAGUGGAGGGGUAUGACAUCAGCUUUCUGAUCACCAACUUCCACACAGAGCAGAUGUAUAAACACAAGUUAGUGGACUUUGUGAUCCACUUCAUGGAGGAGAUCGACAAGGAGAUCAGUGAGAUGAAGCUAUCGGUCAACGCUCGUGCGCGCAUAGUGGCCGAGGAGUUCCUCAAGAAUUUCUAAACCAUCUGGCUGGAUUUUGUGGCCUUCCCCCUCAAGCUCCCUGUGUCUGCGAAGGCGUCCUGGAGUUACUCCCCAGAGCGGCGGUGGCAGCAGCAGUGGAGGGGAGCUGGGUUGGGGUGGGCGUUAGAUGCGGGAGGGGGGUGGUGUGCUUGCUAGCUGGGCAACAAAGCAGUGGACCUGCCCCAAGGCCAUGUGUGCCUGGUCAGGCUGGCUUCUGAUGUUCUGUCCCCUGGGCUGGGACAGGGUUUUUUUUUUUUUUUUUUUUUUUUUAAGUCUUGAAACUUAAACUCUGUGCUUGUAGGAGACUGUAACCUUUUGUCUUUUUUUUUUUUUAAACAAACAACCUCCACCUCCAGUGGCUGUGACUGGUCCCAGUGAUUGUACCUUAUUGGUCGCUGUGGGUCUGGGCGGGCCUGGAGCCAGAAGGCGACUACUGUUCCUCACCAGAGCCACCCCAGGUGGGGAGGGAGGGAUGUUUCAGACUCCAGUUCCUCUCCCUCAUCCUCUUAUUCUGUGGGUCCAGUAGAAGCGGUGGGGGCCCUCUGCCAGCUUCCUGAGCUCUGCCUGAAGAUGGCCAUCCAGCACUGGUUGGGGCCAAGGGCUGCACUGGUGGCCACCAGCCAUGCCUAGGAGCUAGGGCCUGGAAGCUAGGCAACCUCUGGCCACAGGCGCCGCUUCUUACCCUCCCAGCUGAGAGGGGCUGCUGUUUUGCCUUGUCUGUCAGUGCAGUGCCUGUGCUAGAGGUAGAGAGGUGAGUUCUCUGGGGCUUCCAGCUGGGCCCUCUGCCUGCUGUGGCUCCUCUGCUCCCUCGCUCGCUGUACCUUUUCUUAUUCUGGUGGAUCCUCCCUCCCCUAAUUAAAGUCUCUUCUUGCCCCUCUGGGGCUGCAUGA